AUGUCAAAUAACUUUGCUGAUCAAUCCAGCGGUGGCGAUGGACCACUUCUUUUCGGAUUAUUGCUUAACAAUCGGAACAACAACAACGGUAACAUGCCGUUAGGCGAGAACUACACCACUCCCGACACAUUGAAUCCUAAGCAUAUCGGUCUUGAGUUGAGCUCCCUGACAAACGAUGAUGGAGAAAUAGGUGAAAGCAGUGUACCACUGAAAUCUUCCCUCCCUUCAAAUGCCAACGAUCAUAGCUCUGGAGAUACUUUCACAGAGGCCAUCCCCGAUGUUUUGGAGAUGAAAUCUCAUCUUCUACAGCUUCACUCUCCUGUCAUAUACGGUGGCAAUAUGCACGGAGCCGCCUUACUUGGACACAAUUUCGUUCAUCUGGCGGUAACUACGAAAAGUGCGAUAGACAAUUUUUCUCACCAAACACUCGACAGGUCUCCUAUGACCGGCAAUGCCACUUUGCAACCUGAGCACGAAAGUUCGGUUUCAAAAUCACAUGUUGCCUCUGACGACUCCAAGAUAGGUCGUUUGAGCGACGAGCAAUUACAAUCCUGGAGAGAUAAUGGCUACCUAGUCAUUCCAAAUGCACUAUCAGGUGCCCAAAAAGAUCUCUUGCUCAAGACUGUACAUGAUGCAGCAGAGACACUUGCUGGCGGUGGCGAGAGGGUCCAAAAACAUUCCUAUCUACCCGGGCAGGAGUUUUAUGUGCACCCAUGCGGCCGAGCAAUUGCCACAUUAACCGACUAUGCCUUCCAACCAAACAUCGACCCCCUAAAACGCAUCCAGCGUAUCGGAUGCGGCAUCCACCGCACCAUCCCCGAAUUCCGCAAAACCAUCCUCACCCCCUUCCACUCCACGCUCGCCAAAUCGCUCGGCUACAAAGAUCCCCGCAUCAUCCAAAGUCUCAUCAUCGUCAAAGCUGCCGAAAUAGGCGCACGCGUCAUUCCACACCAAGAUGGCUGUUCCGGCUUCACGAACCCUUCUAGCUGCACCACAUUUUGGUACGCGCUCGAAGACUGCACUGUGGAAAAUGGAUGUUUGGCUGUUGCUCCUGGAAGUCAUCGUACGCAACCGAUUACACGACGAUGUAGGGGAGAUGCGAGCGGAAGACCGGAGUUUGUGGAUUUGGAGGAGCCGGUUUUUGCGGAGAUUGAGGGUGUUUCUGAUAUGAGUUUGCCGCGAAGGAAUGAGGCUGGGGAACUCGAAUAUAGGAAAUUGGAGGUGCAAGCGGGGACACUGGUGUUGAUGCAUGGUAAUUUGAUGCAUACGAGUGACGCGAAUGGAAGUAGCAAGAGUCGCGUUGCGUUCAAUUUUGGGGUUGUGGAGGGCGAACAUGAUUGGUUGGGGGAUAAUUAUUUGCAGCCGUAUGAGGGGGAGACAGAGUUUGAGAAAUUGUAG